GGAAUUAUAUCCUUUUAAGAUAGGCCAGCUCAUAUUAAGUAUGAAAGCUGAGUUACGAACAUGGGAUUACUAACAUAUGGGCGUCACGAUGUCUAGUUGCGUCGGGGGUUCUUCUGAUUUGUGUUUGUUUCAUGCUAGGUAUCUAGUUGUGACAUAUGUAUGUGGUUUACUGCAACGUACCUUGAUAUCUGAGAAGACGAGGAUUCCUGGACAGUGAUAAGAGAGGUUCGGCUGCUCCUAGCCGCAACUUAUUAUACCAGCUUUAAGCUGAUGCAGUGGAAAAGGAUGGAAACAAAAACAUGAACGUUUUAACCCAAACCCAGCCAAGCUCCCGAACACAACAUCCCCCAGCACCCACCUAAGUGGGUGAGAUAUCUCGCAUCUUUUAGUCAUACCACGUUCACAGUUGCAGAUUUUUUGCACCGUGACCUGAGGGUUGUUUCGAAUUGGCUCGGUCAGUCUAUCGUGGUUGCCUGCGGGAUCAGGGCUACUUAAGCAGACGCCACCUGCCAUCGCGUGGGAGAGAAAGAGCAGACGAGGAGACCAGCUCGCAGAAUCAUCACAGCAUCUCACCUAAAUCAAUCCCCCCUCAUUCACAUAACAUCAGCCUAGGCCAUGUAAUAUUCUUCUCUGAAGUAGACAAAUUUAAGUAACACCUGCCACAUUUAUCUAAUGUUGUACAUCCCGCCUCAUGGACGUCGCGCGCUUCGUGAUGCGCCUCCAGCCGAAGACGCCACUAACGAGUCGCAACAGAGCACCCUUCAAAAUGACCGAGGCGAGCAUCAUGAACCGAGUAAAGGGGGCCGAGGUCAACAAGGCCGACAGCAACAGCAUCCGCGAGUGUUUCUGGGGCAGUGGAGGCGAUGCUAAAAAUUUGCAAAGCACUACAUUCCGUGAUUCAAAGGACCGUCCCGGACAUCUUUCUCAUAUGGUGCUUUCAGCGAACCACCAUGUGCAUUGGGUUCCUGAUUGCGUUGUCUUUGACUCCCUCAGACUGAACCUGCUCCCGGAAUAUGUAGAGAAGAAAGCCGAGAGAGGAGAAUGGUUCACAGAAGAAAAAAUACAGAUGAAUGAUGGCGCAGCUGUGAAACCGGUACAAGACGGAUUAACCGAGGACAAUAAGGAUACCUUGAUACGAGCCACCCCUAAUUCUACUCCUCCAAAUACCAAGACAACAAGCCAUUUGAAACACACAGAUUCCGGCACAGAAGUGAUACAGUUCACUUCAGCACCUCACCAACCUCCCAAGUCUGAAGAAGACAGCCGCGCGGAGUACACGGAUACCCGGGUUUACUCCGAAUCUUCAUCCUCAGAGUCUCAGUUUAACUUCCCCACCAUCGCACCAAUCGACUACGUGCCCGCCAACGCCCUCCCAAUUGCCGUCUUUGAAAGCCGACUUCUGCGACGGAGCCAUGCAUCAAGGAAGCAGGCUUCCAAACGGGGGGAGAAGCCCAUGUACUUAUUCAAAGGCUGGUUCAAGGUCUCGCGCGUCAACAUCCUGGCGCCGCAUUCCGCCGAGCUUGUGAGCAUGCUGAAGUAUACAUGGGAGCGCAAAUACAGCCACAGGAAGCAGCCAAAGGCUUUUGAUCUCUCGGCUCAUAGAGAAUAUCUAGCCAGGGAAUGGGCCGCAGUCCGCUUCGAGGUCUUCUGA